AAAAUAAAAUACUAUCAAAUGGUGAUUUCAUUUUGACAAAUUCUUUAUUUAAAAAAAGAAACUCAAUAGUAUCACUUGUAAGUGGUAUCGAUAAGUUUGAAGUAUUGUCAAACAAUAACUUUGAACUACUAGAAGUAGUCAUUAACUAUAAUAAACAACCAGAAGGCAAUAUUAAUAACCUACUAGAAGCAACCACUAAUAACCUGCUAGAAGCAACUACAAAUGAUUUGCCAGAAGCAACCACUAAUGACCUGCCAGAAGCACCUAUCACCAAUAAGCCACUACAGUCACAAACACAAAAUGUGUUGG